AGAAUCCAUUCAAAAUGUCUAACCAACUUGCCGUCUCCGAUGUCCCAACUGCUGCAUGGACCUCUCAACAGCCACGUUCUCCAAGAAUGUUUGACCAGGAAAAUGGCUUCUCACAGAACUUCCAGCCAUUCAUGCAGCAGAAUAAGACGGUGAAUCCAUGCACAAUUUCCGACGAUGUUCGCGAAGAAAUGAUGAGAUUGAGAAGAAGAGAAAAUGCAUUCAAAACUGCUCUUUGCAAGACGUUCCAGCUCACAAAAGCAUGCUCAUACGGGGAGCAAUGCAAAUUUGCUCACAGUGUCGAAGAGCUUCAGCUGAAACAUCAGAACCUUGGAAUCAAUAACCCAAAAUAUAAAACUGUUCUUUGUGACAAUUUCUCUACAACUGGACACUGCAAAUAUGGCACAAAAUGUCAGUUUAUUCACAGAACUGUGGAGCCAGCUUCUCUGAAAAUUCAAAAUCCACUGGUACCCCGAUUCCCCUCGUGGUUUGCUCCUCCAUCGAGCCUUGCUCGGGAAUUCCUUUGUCUCAACCAUUUUGAAGCAUCUACUUCCAGCUCUACCACCCAAAAAUUGACUUCUUCUAACCUUUCCACUUCAACUUUUCGAUAUUAUUAAUGUGUUAUGUAAAAAAUUUUCUUGAUUUUGCAUAAUAUGCAUAAUUUUCUUUGAUAAUCCUUGUGCAUUAUUUUAUUUUCACUUCUCUAUUUUCUAUUUUUAUAAUAUUCAAACAAAUAAUUGAAUAAACUUAUUAAUUUUUCUUGAUCAUCAAAUGAUUUGAUUUACCACAAAAAAAAAUGGAACAAAUAUUUUUUUAUUGUUUAGAAC